AAACUUUGGAUAUGCCUACCUAAGGUAGCUUGUAGCCAUCGGACUAUGAACAAUUUUCGACAUUGAUACCUAUCGCUGAUCCAUUAAAGCUGUCUCCGAAGCUUCGUCUAGGACUCUAUCAAGUCUCCAUAUUUCUCCCUUCAAAUGACGUCGGGCAAGAUGCCUCUCAUCCUGGACAAUCCCAUGGGUGGAGAGUCCAUGCAGGUUGACUUAGACGACGUUGAUGACCUUUUUGGCGAUGGCGCUCCUCUAACUCUCCCACCCAGACCCAUAAGCAAGCGUUUGCGACAGAGAAUAGACGAACUUCGUGAACGAGGUUCUUGCCAGAGUAUUGCCUGGUCCAAAGCGGGUACUAUAGCAUCUAUUACGCCCGAUGGUCAACGGCUACAGUUGAUGUAUAUCCAUGCCAAAGGGAAGGAUGCCACAUUUACUUUGAGCGAACCUACCACGAUUACGCCGUGGGAAUCACUCCCUGGCGGGCCUCUUGUUCAUCUUAGCUGGGGUCCCGGCACCCCCGAACUCGCUAUUAUUGAUGCUGUUGGCAGAGUUUGUAUUCUUAAUUUUUCGUCGAAUAUAAAUCGCCCAGCUCCUUCAAGGAGGUGGGACGGUGAUCCCAUCGAUGAUUUGCAAGCCGUUGUGGGAACAUAUUGGCUGCCUUAUCACUCAGCCGGCCCUAGAUCACCUCCUCCAUACACCCCAUCUUAUGGUCCAGCUGUGAGGAACGGAAACGGAAACAAUUACAGCUAUCAGAUAACUCCCAUCUUUAACAACGGUCCUGUUCACCCCCAGAAUAACAGGUCUGCUUUUAUCUGUGUCACUACGACGGCCGUCCUUAAAAUGUUCUGGGGGCAGACUAAUGGUAAAAUUGAAGAGACGUCUUUAGAACUCGAAAAUGUCACAUUGGCAGACGAUCUAGUCACGCACGCCGCACUAUGUUCAGAUAGGAGAAGCCUCAUAGUAGGCUUGGCAACGGCGUCCAAACACCUGUGCAUUGUUCAACUUGCAAUUAAUUGGAAUAGUCCCAAAACUGACGGCGCGCAAAAUAACCCCCCUGUCAAUCCACUGCUCAGUCCAACUCUUACGAAGAGGCAUGUAGCAGUGACUAGCUGGUUCCAACCGGACUCUAGCGACUCGCAUCCUGAUGCAUCCAUGCAGAAAAUCACUCAUAUUGAAAUGUUACCCCCUAUUCUUCUCUCCGGGUUCAACGUACCGAACAAGGAGUGGUCACCUAUUACAGUUUUGACAGUGAGGUCUCUUAUCCCGGACCCUAACCUGCCUUACGUCCAAGAAGUCCAGAGCGUGAUUGACAGGUGGGAACUCAUAACGGACCAUAACCAAGCACUUCAUCCCUCAUUCGAGCAACUAGGGCUUAAGAAGAACAGUACCGGUUCUGCAACCCCAAACGGCAGCAGGCUCAAGAAACUGGAUUCUAUCGUCGUCAAUAAGGUAAUAAUAGGAGUAAAUGUAGUUAACUUUGGGAAAGUUAUCUGUUUCUCCUACAGCGACGGCAGUGUGGAAUAUCGAGACCGAUUUACUAUGGCCGAGUUGUACCGAGAACCUAGUCUGGAUCGUAUUAGUUCGGUUUUUGACGCUGGCUUCUCCCAGAGUGGCGAUUCAUCAUGUCUCCAGACGGCUUUUUCGCCAACAAACUUCUCGUUCGUUCAACUAUGUGAAGACAGCAAAGUAAAGUGGCACAGCAUCAACUAUACACAGGCGGAUAUUGAGUCAAUAAAUAGCACUCAAAUGUCCGCACUCGUUGCAGCCUUUUACAUAUCCACUGCCCAAGCUAUCACACAGAGUGCGAACUUCGACGACAUACUGGCAGUUGCUCGGAAUUUCGUUAAUAAAGACUCAUUCACAAUCGAGUGGAUAAAAACCCAAGUACAGCAGAUGAAGAUACAUAUCGACUACACGGAGGAUUCGCAACACGAUAAUCUCAUUAAGAACGGUAUCUUGCAAGUGUGCUUCAGUAUUAUGAAUUAUCUUGGAUGGAGAGGCGACUACAAACCCCGACGAGGCUGGGGAAAGCUUGCUCUGCUGGCACUGAACCUGCGGAACGUGAUAAUCAUGAGCCAUCUUUCAAACAGUCAAAUCCCCAUAGGUGGUAAAACCAUGAUAACGCCGCUUGAUGAGCCUGAAGCUGUCAAUGCUUUGGCCGGAUGUGUCAAGUGGUCAAACGACCUACUUGCGUGGAUAUGCGACUCGCUAUUUUGUCUUUUUGAUGACGCCGAAUUCAUGAAACAUCUUAAAGGGCCUCAACUCGAUAAAAUGACGAUGUACUUGCAUUCUAAGAACGAAAUCGCGAUACAUUUAGUACUGUGUUCAACAACACGCGGCCUGCUUUCCGCCAUAUGCCGUCGCAUAACGGCACUCGACGCAUUAUCUACCAAAGCUAUCAGCUGGUACGAAAACCGCGAGAAGUCCCUUGCGAAUAACCCGAAUGCCGCAGCCGACCCCCGCGCGGCAGCCCACGCUGCUCUCCAUGCUGCGUAUCACAACUUGCGCCAGUGCAUAGCGUCUUCGCUAAUCAAAGCCGAUGAGUUCGACAAGCUUCUGAGUAGCUUGGGGGCCGAAAUACGGACGGCAUACAGCACCUCGUUGGCCAUAGUAGGAGAGCAGGCCGCCAAGGCAGCGAAUAAGAACCAGCCGCCGCAGAACUCGAACCCCAACGCUUCGAGGCCGGAUCCAGCCCAGGAGGCUAUCGCGCGCGCGCGACAGCAUUGCGAGCUCGACAUGCUCCUACUGCAGGCGCCGCCGUCAUCCUUUGUCCCCGUCGUCAGCAAGUUCUUCAACCAAGACGUGCGGGAGUUUCGCGCGCGCUCCGAGGUCGCGAAGCUGUACUUCGCCGACUACUCGCUCCUCGAGAUCGACGACGACGCGCGCUCGCUGGCGGAGCGGAAUAGAAGAGGCGCGAGGGUGGACCUUUUCAAGAGGACCGAACUUUGGAAGAAGCCAACUAGUGGUGGUGGGAGCGGUAAGACUCCUACUACCACGCAUCCGUGGAGGAAAUGCGUCCGCUGCGGUAAUGUCAUGGAGGACCUCGCGCUGGUUACUACUAAACCCGGCAUGAGCUUCUUGCUCCGCCAGCAGAGCAAUUGCUCCUGCGGCGGCCGGAUGGCUGUCCUACCACAGGAUGCGGAUCUUUAGGUAGCCGCAGAUCUCUGGUGGCGAUACUGGUGGUCUAGCUUCUACUUUUAACAACCUACCUCCUACUAAGGUAGGCCAGGAGGUACACAGUUGUUUUCUCAGUCGACAUAGCGUAUGGUCUCGUUUAGAAUUAAUGAUUUAUUACAUCCAGUAACUAGCGUAGAUGAGAGAAUGAUAAACUUGAAAUCGUGUUUGUUCGUUGUGUUCUUUAUCAUUCGAUUAUGAUAGUCCUACAUAAAGCGCGCCAAGCAGUUUCUACUUAGAUGUUAGAUUUGAGGGAUAUGCAUACUACUACUGAGUAAUGCCCACGACGGCGGCAUAAGAAAGA